UAUGGUUAUGAUGAUCACGAUUACGAUUACCGUGAUUAUGAUCAUGAUCGUGAUCAUGACUGUGACCAUGUUACGAUUAUGAACGACUACGACAAUAAGGAUCAUAACUCCGAUUGCGAUUAUGAUCAUGACUGUGACUACGAUUAUGACCACGGCUACGGCCAUGAUUACGAUCACGAUCACGAUUAUGGCUGCGAUUGCGAUUACGAUCACGAUUAUGAUCACGAUUACAAUUACGAUCAUAAUGACUACAGUUGUGGUGGUCAUGAUUAUCACGACCAUGACUAUGGUCAUGAUUAUUACGACGAUCAUGACUAUGAUCAUGAUCAUGGCUACCAUCGCCAUCAUGGUUACAAUUACGACGAUCACGACCACAAUUAUGGUCACGAUUAUUAUUAUUAUGAUCCCAGCUAUGGUCAUGAUGAUGACUAUGUGACGAUUACGAUUACGGUUAUAAUGAUUAUGACUGUAGCUACGACGACUGUGAUUAUCACGGCCAUAGUGAUCAUGAUCGCGAUUGUGAUUGUGAUUGUGAUGAUCACGACUGUGACUGCGAUUACGAUGGUUAUGAUCACAAUUUUUAUGGUUACGAGUGUGAUCGCGACCAUGAUUGUGGUGAUUGCGAUUAUGAUGAUUAAGAUUAUGUUACUGUUACAACGCUAUGACGACUAUGAUUAUGAUGACUGCGGAUAUGGUUAUGCUCAUGACUAUGAUUAUCACGAUUACGGCAAUGGUCAUGACUAUGAUUCUGACCAUUGUGAUUAUGACUGUGGAUGCGAUUGUGAUUAUGAGUACGGUUAUGACGGUCAAGAUGAUGAUUACGAUUAUUAUUAUAAUUAUAGAGAUCGUGAUUAUUGUGGCUAUGAUUAUGAUUGA